UGUUUUUCGAGCCAAGAUUUCAGUUGUAUUUCCAUUCAUUAUAAAGCUGGUGUUAAGAAAUUAAAAGAAUUCCUGAAGAAUUCCAAGGUGGUGGUUCUCCCCAGCACCUAUAUGGGAUAUUUGAGAAUGGAGAGUGUUUAUACGAGAUGCUAGUUAAUUUGUCCUGAAAAAACUAGUAGUCACCAUGUGGACCAACACAGCCUUACUUGGGAAGAGGUAAACCAAGAUUUAAUUUUCAAGAUGGAAAGCCCCUCCGACUCAGCUGCUGUGAUUUUACCUAGCACUCCACAGAACUGUGCCAGUCCACCCUCUUCCCGUACAAGUAGUUCAAGAAAACAACCUAUGAGUGCAACACUUAGAGAACGGUUAAGGAAAACUAGGUCUUCAUUUAAUUCCUGUGAUAGUGUGGUAAAACGUCUUAAAGUAGAGAAUGAAGAAAAUGAUCAGACUGUUUCCAAGAAGCCAGCAUCUUCAACAGAAGAAAACUGUUUGGAAUUUCAGGAAAAUUUUAAACACACAGACCGUGAGUUUGAAAGUACAUAUUUAAAAAAUACCUUCAAGAAUAUCAGUGCAUCUGAAUCUCAGUCACUUGAUACUAAGUCAUGCAGUGAUCUCCAAAGUGACUUUGUGAAUGAGGAUCUUCCCAAACAAGGAUUAAGUGAAGAAAGAGCAAAACUGGUGAAGCAGAUUGAGGAGAAAGAGGACCUUCUUAGAAGGCUAAAACUGGUCAAAAUGUAUAGAUCUAAGAAUGACUUAUCUCAGUUACAGUCAUUAAUACAGAAGUGGAGAAGCUGUAGCCAGCUGUUGCUGCAUGAGUUGCAAUCGGCUCUGUGUGAGGAGAAUAAGAAACUCAGCCUGACUCAGCUGAUAGACCACUAUGGGUUAGAUGACAAAUUGCUACACUAUAACAGAAAUGAAGAAGAAUUUAUGGGUGUUUAAUUCACAGUUUUUUUUCCCCAGAAUAUUUUUGAGAAUGCCCAAUUAAAAGAUACUUCAUUCAUUUUAAGGGUAAAGUAGAAACCAUUAGGGCUUAGAGAAAAGUAUCUUGAUGAAUAUCAAUGUAGACCACUCUUAUAUAAAUCUAAAAUAAGUUCUAAAAUGAAAAUGUACUAUUUUGGAUAAAUUUGCCAAAGAUAACUUGACAUUUAAAGAAAUGUGAAAAUAAUUAUAUCAUGUUUAAAAAAACGGGCAUUUCUGGAAGUAAAUUUUAAUACAUUGUUUUGUUAUAUAAAAAAGUUUUGUUUUAAAUGUUAAAAAAUAGUUCAGUCUGGUGGAUGUCAAAACCUAAAGUAGUCUAAAAAUGCCUGCCUAUCUCCUAAGUUUAUGAACCUUGUUUCCAUCCAUUUGCCACAUAUUUCCAUCUGGAUGGUAUAGCAAAUAAUUAAACUUGUUCAUAUCUCCAAUUAUUA